UAUGUGUAUAAUAUGUGCAAUUAUUAUUAUCAUUGUUAAGUGAAUAAUGAGAAGGAGAACCUGUAUCUUCCAGUCAGUAGAUCCUACUCUUCACUUGUAUAACCUUCCUAAUUAGUGCUUCUGUUUCUUUUAGUUCAACAUGAGACACUGUACUUUCCACUUUGUCACAGUAACAUGAACUUGAUGCUUUCUUGCUGCUACUGUUUGUUUUGGUUAAUAUUUCUAAGUAGCCAUAGUCCAUGCAGAAAAAAUAAUUAAAGUACUGGAAGAACAAGAGCAGUGUCAUGUGAUAAAACUGUGGAACUUAGCACUCUAAAAUCCAGAGGAAUGUAUUCUGAAGAGAAUGUUAUCUAAGUCUACUCAACAGUGUUAUUUAGUAAAACAUUUAUUGGAAAAUAAUUACAUAAUACCAGCAUUAGUAGAAAAUACUUAAAUAAUUAUCUUUAAGAUGCAUAAAACAAAGGGAAAUUUUUACUUAGGAUAUAGAGAUUUGCCAGAUAUUUUCAUUGACAUUUCAUAAACUUUACUGUGAUACCAGGAUGUUUUGUGCAGACAUUGUUGUAAAAAUUUUGGCUUCCAUGUAGCAGAUGAUGAAACCAGGCCUAUGGAAGACACUGUGCCAGUUAUUUUUAUUAUUUCAGCUAAUAAAAGGCUAAGCCAGGAUUCAUAUAGAGUGACCUGCAUCUUAAUACAAUCAUUUUCUGUUAUUUGCAGAGUGUAAUAAAUAGUUGGAGUUUGUUCCUUAAAGAUAUCACAAGCCUUCAAAAUAUAAAUGUGCUCAAAGAGAAUAAAUCCAUGGAAAAAAGUUUUCUCACUUGAAGAUGUUUUGAGUAUAACUCUAAAUUUCUGCUCUUGUCAUGGUGGGCAAUUAUCAGCCUUUACAAAAUAUCCCUUCCAAAAUUGGAUGGACUGACUCUGAAAUAUCCAUCUCUUAUUACCUGAAAUUGUUGCAUAGAUUUUUUUCUUGCCUUUCGUAUGACGGCAGAUUGCUUCUGUUUAAAAACAUAGUCAAAGCUUCAUAAUGUGACUCUGUUGCUCAAAUUUUGGUGCUUCAUACCCCUACUCAGGGUCAGACUUUCUUACAACUAUGAGGAAUCGCUCAGUGGUAACUGAGUUUGUCCUGCUGGGCAUCCCAAACACAGAGGGCCUGGAGACCAUGCUCUUUGUCCUGUUUUUGUCCUUUUACAUUUUCACCCUCAUGGGGAACCUGUUAAUCUUGCUCGCAGUUAUUUCCUCUACUCAGCUUCAUACCCCCAUGUACUUCUUCCUGUGCAAGCUAUCUAUUUUUGACAUAUUUUUCCCUUCUGUGAGUUCUCCCAAGAUGCUGUUCUACCUUUCAGGGAACAGCAGAGCCAUCUCCUAUGUGGGCUGCGUGUCCCAACUCUUCUUCUACCAUUUUCUGGGCUGCACUGAGUGUUUUCUGUACACAGUGAUGGCCUAUGACCGCUUUGUUGCCAUAUGUUUCCCUCUACGCUACACCAUAAUCAUGAGCCACAGAGUGUGUGCCAUCUUGGCUGCAGGGACCUCAUUUUUUGGCUGCAUUCAGGCCACCUUUCUGACCACUCUCACCUUCCAGCUUCCCUACUGUGGUCCCAAUGAGGUAGACUACUACUUCUGUGACAUCCCAGUGAUGCUGAAGCUGGCUUGUGCGGACACCUCAGCCCUGGAGAUGGUGGGGUUCAUCAGUGUUGGUCUCAUGCCCCUCAGCUGCUUCCUCCUCAUCCUCACCUCCUACAGCUGCAUUGUCUGCUCCAUCUUGCAGAUCCGCUCUGCAGAGGGCCGCCGCCGUGCCUUCUCCACCUGCAGUGCCCACCUCACGGCCAUCCUGCUUUUCUACAUGCCAGUGGUCCUCAUCUAUCUAAGGCCAACCCCAAGCCCCUGGCUGGAUGCAACUGUACAAGUCCUGAAUAACUUGGUCACUCCCAUGCUAAACCCUUUGAUCUAUAGUCUGAGAAACAAGGAGGUAAAAUCAUCCCUGAGGAAGGCCCUCCACCUGUUUGGCUUCCUUCCUGAAUAAUUGUAAAGAGAGAUCAGUAGCUAACACUUCAGCCACACAUCAGAGCUGAUGAAAUACUUUUAUUUGGUUUGCAUAAGGUAUUAUUAUUAUCUCUAUUUUAUAGCAUGGGGGACUGAGAUGCUGAGAGUUAAAUUGACUUGUCUCAGGAUGUGUAAGGAACAAGUAGCAGAAUGAAGACUCCAGGUUGGUCUUCGGACACUGGGAUCCAUGUUUUCUUGUGGACAUCAGAGGGCUCAUAAAGAGGAAGAGAAGUUUUCCCAGUAGGCUGAAAAAAAAAUGGAACUUGUGCUUCUCAAUAUUAAUUGUCUUCAUGCUUUUUCAUUUCUAUACCUCGUUUUCUUCUCAUUCUGAUGCUGUUUUAUCUUGGCUAAAGUGAUUGUCUUCUCAAAAAUCUAUAUUGGAAAAGCUAUCAUUUUAUUAGUCUAAAGGUUGUUGUUGAAGUGAGAGAGAAGCAUCUCUAUGGUUUCAAAUAACAUCCUGUUACUUAAGAGCCUUGAAGAAAUUGUAUGAAGAGAAAGACUUCUGGCUAGGACUUGAGACAGGUCUCUGAGGUGAAGCAGAGGCACCAAUAUUCUGUAUCACUUACAAAUCCUGACUUUAGGGAUUGGACCUGAAAACAGGCCUUGAGUGUGCAAAUGCAGCAUGUGAGUAGAAAGCUUUUUUUUUUUUUUACUGAAAAGGUUUGACUUUGGUUUAAUUUCCUGUGUUUCUUGAUUUUGUUUUCUGGUUCAAAUAUCCUGCAAAUAAAAAAUGUGCCAUUUCAAUCAGGACAGCUAUCAUUUUCAUGUCCAAAUUUGUUAAGUCUUAUGUUUGGGGACUAUUUUUGUUGUGAAAUUUGUUGGAGUCUAAAUUUGCAAAUUAUGCUGUAUGCCUAUAUGAAUAUGUCACAAUAAAACCAACUGUUUGUACAAUUAAUAUGUAGUUACAUCUGUAAAUAAAAUUGAAAUUAUUUUAAAAAAGAAUGAUAUACAGAGGAAAAGAUACCAGGACACUGGAAAGAAGAUGAUGGAAGAGGAGGAGGAAGAGGAAGAGGCAAGUGUAUUUCUUUUGUCUGUCCUUCUCAGAAUCAGAGCAUAGCAGAAGUACCUGCCACACCCAAUGAGCAGUGCAGGGUCUUUGCUGCCACCAAGGUGAGCUGACAGAACCAGAAGGUAAGCAAACUUCUGGCUGUAACUACUCUUGGAUGCCUAAAAACCUUCUAUCAGUACUGUUUUUCUCUUGUUUUUCAGUAAGCAAGAGUCUAAAGGGGAAGCUGGAAAUAUAUCUCAAAUUAUUUUUCCUGUAUUGCAAACACUUAUUAUUCUCAGGGUCUAUUCUGACAUCCAUGAAGCAGAUGUACAACUCAGUAGAACAUCUCAGGGUUCAUACUAAGACCAGGGUAGAAUACGAAGCAGGAAGAAAGGAGUACAUUUUCUGGGAUAGAGAAGGACCUCACAGAAGUAUUGAAGAUCAAGAUGUGUGUGAUACCUUACUUUAUCCAGAGGAAGGAGAGCUGAGGAGUAUUAUCCAGGAAGAAACAGCCUACUUCUCAAUCUUUCUUUUAGGGAUCUGGGGAGGAGGGUGAGAGAGAAUUACUUAGGCUGAUAUCUCUUAAACGUGCCAUUAUGAAGGAAUGUCUUUGCAGUAAGCUCAAAUUCAGUAUAGCUUCUGAUUUUAGGGUUCUUCCCCAGCUCAAUAUGUUGUUCUUGGAUUUGGGGGAGAGGCCUGGAGAAAAGAACUCCAUCCAUAUUGCCUAAAGCAAACUAACCUGUCUGCUUGUCAUAGCAGUUCUGAGACAUGCUUAUAGGUCUUGUGGUUCCAGGUACAGCCUAAAUUCUCUCCAUCUCAAUAGAAGCCCAGAAUAUCAGGCCUAGCCUGGUAUAUGGAGAACUAGGUUGACUUUUAUGGUAGGAUAAAACUUUUAUGGGUUCUAUCAUUUAAGAGGCACCAUAAGAAGAAUUUGAGAAAAAGUAUCAGUGGAGGAAACCUCAAAUUAGGUAGCGCACCCUGCAGACUAUUUUAUCUAUAGGGCAGAUAAAGACAGAGGAUCAAAGUUUAAGGGCAGGGAGACUGGAGAAGAACAGGAGUAUUGGAGCAGAGGUUCAGAGAAUAGUUUUGAGCAGGGUGGGGUGCAGGAAAGCAUUUCCUGAGGUACUGGCUUUAAGCAUGGCCCAGGGGCCAAUCAACACCCAGCACCCUCCCCAUAUUCUAGAUUCUUUAAAGGAUUCUCCAUUUACCCAAACAAUUUCUGCAACAUACCACAGCACUCUCCACUCAUGUUUACUUUUUGUUCCUUGCUAAAUUCUUUUAAAAAGCAAAGCUUGUUCUGACUUUGACUUGUGUAAUUUUUCUUUUCUGUAGCCCCUAGAGAACAAAUCUGUUAUGAGCCUCCAUGGAAAGCUAUGACAUAGACACGAAAAGUGAUGUCCAGAUCAUGGUACUGACAAGGCAGAGAGAGGCUGUGGAGAGAGGCUUCCAAGGGAGUAUCCACAGGGGUCUGCAGCUGUUCAUUGCCUGCUCUCCCUGAUGAUUGGUUCCCAAUGAAAAUGACUGAAAUUAAUGAGUUAAAAAAUCAGAAAUUAAUGUUUUCAGUCAAUUGAUCUGCAUAAUGUUCUUGGUGAAAAAAAUUCUAAUUUUUCCUUUAGCAAAAUAAUCAUUCAAGAUAAAAAAAAAAGCAUUGCUAUGUGGUAUACUGGUUGACUGUGGUUGAAGGGCAACAGUACCUGUCAUUAUUGGAAAGCUAGAUUGGUGAGGAUCUAGCCUAUUCUCUAUCAUUCCUUUGUUUUAUGUUUCAGCAUACAGACAAUUAUUUUAAUUCUUAUCUCAGUGAUAUCCUAUAAUGACAAUAUCACAAAGUUAUCUGUUAUUGUCCUAUUGAUAUUUUUUAAAAAUGUUUUAUCCAAUAUUAAAGAAUUAGAAAAUCAUAUUAAUGAAAAAUAGGCUAAGUGUAAAAAACUAUGAUACAAUCAGUGCACAUAUUCCUCUACCUACUUUAAAGAAAAGAAUGAUGCUAGUGGAAAUCCCCAGAGGUUCUGGCCUGAUCCCAUACUCUUUCCUCCUCCUGGAUAACAUCAUUCUCCUGAAUGUGGUGUUUUCUUUGAGUUUUGUCUCAUAUGUUUGUGUCCCUGAACACAAUAUUGCAAGGUUUUGAACCUUAUAUUAAUAAAAUUCUAUUGAAAUUUGCUUUUUUUAAGUUGAAAUAUUAACUUUUAAUAUUUAUGUAUUUGUAUGCCUGAAAUUAAUUAAUUCACUAUUUACAGAGUGUAGUAGCCCAUUAAAUAAAUACAUCUACUUUGC